AUGGGAUCUUCCGCCAAGUCAAUAGCCUCUGAAAAGAGCAACGAGUCCAUGUCAGCCAAGAUCCGAGCCGCCAAGAUGGCUAAGAAGAGAAUCGAAGGUGUCCUCGAGAAGAAAAUGAGACUGGCAUCCAUGCUCAAUCGACGUGCAUUUUUGCGAAGAUUCGGUUCGUCCAUGUCAAUGGAAGCUACUCUGGACAGCAUGGAAAUGGAGCUCAGUAGUUUUGAAAAGGCUAUUGGACGGGAAAUCUUGGGUCCAUCCGCUGAUGGAAAAUUGCCCUUUUCUUUUGAUUUGGCAGCUCGAAAAGGAUCCGAUCAAAAUAAGAAGACUGCUGGUGAAAAGGAAAGCCGCAACCUCCAUGCUGACGAAGGUGAAAAUCAAGAGACUUUGAGUGUUCAGUCCAAGUCAAAUGAAACUCUUGGUUCUACGCACGGAAAUCAGAGUGUCACCACCAGGAAAGCUUCCAAUCUGGUCUCUAGCAAUCGGGUCUACAGCCUGCCAGAGGUGGACGAAAAUGACGAGUCCGACCAUUCCGGCUAUUCGGAUUCUGACUCGUCUGUUUCGGAUGACGAAGAAUCGGCAGUGGCCCCUCAGAUUGAAUACAAAGAGAGCAACGUCGAUAUUAAUACGAGUGGCCCAUUUCGGUGGUACGAUCGGUUUGUCCGAGAAGGCGACUUUUGCAUUGACUACGCUUGCCGUGUCAUUGAAUGUGAUCCAACCGCAACCUACGCCAAUGCCCAGCUUGCUGUAGCAGGGUUCACUCAUCUAGAGGGUACGGGAGAGGUAGAACCUGAAGAAGUUCAGGCGAAAGAAGAAAAGCUAGAAGAAGAAAAGCCGAAAAAGAGAAAAUCAUGGUUCCGAGGAGUGCCAGGACUAAAUAAGAAGGGUGCCACGACAAUCGAGUUGAAGAAUGCUGAUGCAGCUCUUGAAGACUUGACGGACUCGGAUUCCUGGUCCAGCGAAGAAGAGAUCGCAGUUAUUGACAAGAGCAAGCUGCUAUCAUCAUCCCCUGAGGAAUAUUUUGCCACAAUAGGAGCUGCUGGUGCUUCUCGAAGAAAGAAGAAAUCUUCCAAUCGUGCGGGAGACAAAGACAAGGAGGAGGUGAGCAGGAUAGAACGUGCUGGACGAGUGAUGUGUGAAGUCUAG